AUGAGCGGCCGAGUCGGAGACCUGAGCCCCGUGCAGGCAGAGGCACUGGCCAAGUUCCGAGAAAAUGUCCAGGACGUGUUGCCUGCCUUGCCCAACCCUGAUGAUUAUUUCCUUCUGCGCUGGCUCCGAGCUCGCAGUUUUGACCUGCAGAAAUCAGAGGCCAUGCUCCGCAAGUACAUGGAGUUCCGGAAGACCAUGGACAUUGACAACAUCCUUGAUUGGCAGCCCCCAGAGGUGAUCCAGAAGUAUAUGCCUGGGGGGCUGUGCGGCUAUGACCGUGAUGGCUGCCCCAUGUGGUAUGACAUCAUCGGGCCACUCGACCCCAAGGGGCUGCUCUUCUCAGUCACCAAACAGGAACUGCUCAAGACCAAGAUGAGAGACUGUGAGCGCAUCCUGCAUGAGUGUGACCUGCAGACAGAGCGGCUGGGGAAGAAGAUCGAGACCAUUGUGAUGAUAUUUGACUGCGAGGGCCUGGGACUGAAGCAUUUCUGGAAACCUCUGGUGGAAGUAUACCAGGAGUUCUUUGGCCUCCUUGAAGAGAAUUACCCAGAGACCUUGAAGUUCAUGCUCAUUGUGAAAGCCACCAAACUGUUCCCUGUGGGUUACAACCUCAUGAAGCCCUUCCUGAGUGAGGACACUCGCAGGAAAAUUAUAGUGUUGGGAAACAACUGGAAGGAAGGUUUGCUGAAAUUCAUCAGUCCUGAGGAACUGCCUGUCCAAUUUGGGGGAACAAUGACUGACCCAGAUGGGAAUCCCAAGUGUAUAACCAAGAUCAACUAUGGUGGGGAGAUCCCCAAGUCCAUGUAUGUGCGGGACCAGGUGAAGACUCAAUACGAGCACUCAGUGCAGAUCAACCGUGGCUCUUCCCACCAGGUGGAAUACGAGAUUCUGUUUCCAGGCUGUGUCCUCAGGUGGCAGUUCUCAUCUGAUGGUGGGGACAUCGGCUUUGGGAUUUUCCUGAAGACCAAGAUGGGGGAGCGGCAGCGGGCAGGGGAGAUGAUGGAGGUGCUGCCCAGCCAGCGCUGCAAUGCCCACAUGGUGCCUGAAGACGGGAGCCUCACCUGCUCAGAGGUUGGCGUCUAUGUCCUGCGCUUCGACAACACCUAUAGCUUUGUCCACGCCAAGAAGGUUAGCUUCACAGUGGAAGUGCUGCUCCCCGAUGAGGGCAUGCAGAAAUACGACAAAGAGCUCACUCCUAUCUAG